AUGUUCAUGGCCUCCAGGAUCCAGACCCGCGCCUUCUCGGCGUCGGCGAGAAACCUCUCCAAGGUCACCGUCCUCGGUGCCGCCGGUGGCAUCGGCCAGCCGCUGUCCCUCCUCUUGAAGCUCAACCCCAGAGUGACCGAGCUCGCCCUCUACGACAUCCGUGGUGCCCCUGGCGUUGCCGCCGAUGUGUCGCACGUCAACACCAAGUCCAACGUCAAGGGCUACGAGCCGACCGCCAGCGGCCUGGCUAGCGCGCUCAAGGAUGCCGAGAUCGUCCUGAUCCCCGCUGGCGUGCCCCGCAAGCCCGGCAUGACCCGCGACGACCUGUUCAACACCAACGCCUCCAUCGUGCGCGACCUGGCCAAGGCCUGUGCCGAGUCGGCCCCCAACGCCAACAUCCUAGUCAUCAGCAACCCGGUCAACUCGACCGUGCCCAUCUGCGCCGAGGUGUUCAAGGCCCGCGGCGUCUACAACCCCAAGCGCCUCUUCGGCGUCACCACCCUCGACGUCGUGCGCGCCUCGCGCUUCGUCAGCGAGAUCAAGAAGACCGACCCGGCCGACGAGAAGAUCACCGUCGUCGGCGGCCACAGCGGCGUGACCAUUGUGCCGCUCUUCAGCCAGAGCAACCACCCGGACCUCUCCUCCAACGCCGAGCUGGUCAAGCGCGUGCAGUUUGGCGGCGACGAGGUCGUCAAGGCCAAGGACGGCGCCGGCUCCGCCACCCUGUCCAUGGCCAUGGCCGGCGCCCGCAUGGCCGAGUCGCUGCUCCGCGCCUCCCAGGGCGAGAAGGGCGUCACCGAGCCCACCUUUGUCGACAGCCCGCUCUACAAGGACCAGGGCAUCGACUUCUUCAGCUCCCAGGUCGAGCUGGGCCCCAACGGCGUCGAGAAGAUCCUGCCCAUCGGCAAGGUCGACGCCGUCGAGGAGAAGCUGAUCGAGGCCUGCCUGGCGGACCUCAAGGGCAACAUCGAGAAGGGCAAGAAAUUCGUUGCUGAGAACCCCGGCAACUAA